GCGGGGGAACAAGCCGACGGCCAGUGGGCGCGCUGGUUCACCGAGACCACGGAGACGUGCUCUGCGGCUGCAGGCACCGGCACGUCUUGGCAGCGCGAGGCGGGCGCGGCGCGCAGCCUCGAGGAUGGCGCCGUGGGGCUGGACACCUCGCCGAUGAUCUCCCCAGCCGGGUCGCCGCGCGGGUCCCCUCGAGGUGGCUCGCCCAGAGGCGGUUCCCGCACUGCCCUGGCUGGCCGGAUGGCCAAGCACGCCUCGGUGGACGUUCACACCCGCUCGCCGCCGCGCUCACCGCCACGCUCACCGACGGCCGUGCCCUCGCCGCGCUCCGCCGUCCGAAGGGCGGCCAGCCCCGCCACGUCCAGGCUGGGCGAGGCCGCCUGUCCGGGAGGCUGCCCCGGCGCCUGUCCCGGCGCGUGCCCGGGUGCGUGCCCUGGCGCGUGCCCCUGCCCCAGCCCGCGCUUGGUCCGCUACGCCGACGAGAGCGUGGGGCCGUGCACGAGGGCGCGCGCCGACUCGGGCGGCUCGACCACGUUCCGCAACGGCCGGGGCGCCGGGCACCGCAAGCUGCGGGCGUGCAGGUCCACGGCCGAGGACUGCACGGGCGGCGCGCAGGCCAGGGCGCCCAGCCCCGGAGGGCCCGGCGCCGCCUACACCUCCGUGCCCAGCGUGUCGUGCGCCGCGUGCACGUCCUGCGCAGACUGCGCCGACUGCAAGGCGCGCCGCCAUGCCGGCAGCAACCGCCCAACGAGGCAGAACAGCGCCAACCAGGAGAAGCAGCCCGCCACCUCAAAGCCGCACUCCACCGUCAUCGAUAUGGCACAGGUUGAGGCUCAGCUCCGCAACCAGCAGGACGAGCUGCACCGCGCACUGGAGGCUCACAAGCGACGCCGCGAGGAGCGCCUGCAGCAGAUGAUGCAGCCUCCUGCCGGCGAGGACCCUGCUGCGGGGGCUGCACCGCCACCCCCGCCGGCUGAGGGUGGACCCGCGGGUGAGGUGGCCGAAACAGACCCAGCUUCUGUGGGGCCGGCCGCGGUCGAGGAGGUCCAGACCGAGGUGCUCUCUGCUUAAGUGGCUCGUGCGACCUCCCCGCGCACACUGCAGAUGACUUUUGUCUUUGUUAUUGAAGCGACACAAGACUGCCUGCCGUACAUGUGGACUUAAUUUAACCCUGAACACGGGGGAAGGCAAAAGAGGACGAUAUAAUCGCACACGAGUAUAGCGUCUGUGUGCCCGUUAUACGUGUUUGUUAAAAAAAUGUGUUUCGUAGUGAUGAUGUACAGGGUACUGUUACUUGUUUGUUUGACAUAUCUAUAUGUUGUAGCAAGAACAAUAAUUUUGGUUAAUCUAUAGAGAUGCAUAUAUAAAUGUUGUAGUCUUGUACUGUUAUGUUAAGUUUGCUGUGAAAAUGGAAAUACAAUUAAACGUGUUUUUAUUAACAA